CCUGUCCGCGCUUCCUGCCUUGCUGCUGAGGGAGGGGACGGUGCUGACGGCUGGUAGGACGAGAGGAGAAAGAAAGCUUUCGGGAAGAGAAAAGAGACAGAGAGGGGAACGGCCCGGGUUUCCACCGUCCGUUGGGAAAUUUAACAGCCUGGUUUUCUGUAACAGCAGGAUUUGUCACCGAAUCGGCGCUGAAAAUGUCGACCAGUCGUCAGCUUAGUGAGAGCAGGGCCAUCCCGACCAGGACGGUGUUGAUCAACGACACAACGCAGCUACCUCAUGACUAUUGUACCACCCCUGGAGGCACUUUAUUCUCUACCACUCCCGGAGGAACCCGGAUCAUCUAUGACCGCAAGUUCCUACUGGACAGGCGCAACUCUCCCAUUGCCCAGACUCCACCAGCUCGUCUGCCUGUCAUCCCCGGAGUGACCAGCCAAAAUGUCCUGCGUGAGAACCAGAAGAAUGAAGCCAACAACCAUGUCAACAACCACGAUGGCAAGCCUGCAACCGGUGAUGAUGCUCAGUUUGAAAUGGAUAUCUAACUGACGGAACCACACCAGCGAAAGCAAAUGACCUGGCACCGCAAGUGCCAGUGGCUUGGCUUGUAGAAACCAAUGUUGUGAGCCCUCAUGGCAGCCAUCUUCUUUAGCUCUCUGUCUCACUGCUGGAUGUGAUGUGUGUAAACCACGGGGAGUCAGUACAUCAUACAUACGGGUACAGUGUGGCCAACUCUGGAAGCUAGGUUUAUUUGAAUAGAUUUCCACGGUUACCAGUUGCUGUACAAAUCCACAACCACACAACAAGGCGAAUGAAUAAUGUGUACCCAUACACACAGUCCACUUAGUAGACUGCAGUGCUCAUUUGAGUCAGGAUCAUCAACAGAGCACACUGUAAAACUGAUAAAAUUCCAAGUUAAUUGGGGGAGGAAGGGGUCAUUUUUUAGACCUGGCCGUAUAUCAGUCAAAAGCUAGAUGUUAAUCACAGGCUUUGGUUCUGAAGGCCGUUGUACGUAUGGUAUUUAAGUGAUCUUUUUUUUCUGUUUGGUUUUUUGGAACUACUUGAAGAGGUCCACAAUCUGUCAGCGGUUGUUUGGUCAGUUUAGUUUGUCCCCUGAUGGUCUGUAAAGGGAUGCUGUGUUGUUUUUAUUUUCCCGAUUAGGUGAUGAUUUCAUGCCAUUCCAAGAUUUUAGCUUUCAUUACCAACACAGGCCUGGGUGAGUUUCCAAUUUUUUCUGGGGGAAAACAUUUUUAAAACUGAAUCCUAGAUUGUGAUUUCAUUGUUUUGUCCAUCAUAUAAAGAUUGUAUUUGCCACUAUUAGAUAAAGCAAAUUGUAAAUUCGGCAACUGUAAACAAGCUUUUCGUUAAACUUAAAUUUCAGUGUAGUAUGAAGAUAUCAAGCCACUUGGGUCAUCACUAUUGUGAGCUUGCUAUAAAUUUUAUUUACACAUUUCUCUCCUGCCAAGAAAAGUGAAUACACCUUAAAACCUUCUUUGACUUUGUUGGCAAGGGCUUUGUGUCCAUUUCCUCUUUAUCAUUCAUCACCUGAUGAAUCUCAGAGAGGAGGUGAUACCUUGUGUUUCUGAAUAUUCAUUCCACUAAAACAUUUAGAACAAUUUGAAUGUGUUAAAAAAUCGCAGUGUUAAUUUUUUGGGUGGUGAAAUACAACAAGAUCUUUGAAAAACUUGAAAUAAUCCUGAUGUUUUAUAUGCAUUUUAUUUUUUUAAUAUGAUUGGUUAGUAUUGAGGGUAUUAGUUUGGGAAUUGGUGCCGUCAAGCCUUUGGAUUUGUUCAACAGAAAGACACUGUUUGAAUCAGGCUUGAUCGAUGCUUGUCCCUUAAUCUACAAAUCUGUCCCCCAGUGUCCUUUUCGUUACCUAUUGCUUUUCUCGUGUCACGUCUGCCCACGCCUUAUUUGACAUGAAAAUGCAGUAACUAAACCUAGGUUCCUUGUCAUCAAUUUGUACUUUCCAACAGAUGUUUAUUUUUUCACUGUAACAUGGAACAGGUAACAUUGUACUUAGCACUUGAGAAAAACAAAUAGGUUUACAGUUGUUGUUUUUUUCCCUUCCUCAUGCAGCUGUGAAGUUUGAACAUUUUGGGAUUCUGAAGUUCAGAUGUGAUAUGGUUAAAAGAGCACCACAUGCUCAUGUCAUCAAAGUCCUAACAAUUCUGAACUUGGCAAAUAAAUCACCUUCAAUUUAGUCUUUUUCAUAUAAAAUUCAUUAUUUCACUCGAGUUAGUUUCUCUGUGUGACUGGAACCAUCUUAUGUCUGACAUGAUAUCUAUCAAAGGUUUAAUUUCUUUGAUUACUUAUUGGCCUUCUAAUUAUCUCUGGCCUUGUUUGGUGACAAGUACAUUGAGGGGUUGCUUGAACCCAAUUUGCAUUGCACAUUUUUUGGCGAUAAAAUCUUUAUAUGACAGCAUCGUAAUUCAUAUUACAGAUUUCCAUUAAAUCCGUUUGGUUUGACAAUGAGGGCUUAACAUUGUGUUGAAAGAGAUGUGAAACAAAGUUACUGUAACCAUCUGUUCUGAUCUUAAACAACUUUUAUUUUAAUUGAACUUCAAUGGCAACGAACGCCGUUGCUGCAAGAUCAAUAAAGUACCGUAACAAAGAAAUCGA